UUCAAACUUUAAAUGAUUCAAAAAUUAAUCCCAAAAUUCUCUCACCUCUGAGUAGCCAUGGCGAUGGUUGUAGACUACAAACACGACUCCUCGUUUCCCUACUGGACCUCGGUUCGUCGUCGCUUUGCUCCGGACUCUCCCUUCUUCUCUUCUGGUAACAUCGAGAGAGAACUUCUUGCCAAACAGGUGGCAUUGGAUUUCACCGAAGAUGAAAGGAACCAACUUGAGAAGAUGAUUGAUACUGAUGCCAGAGGUGUCUUUUGUCCAAUCGUUGGCUGCGGCGCACGCCUGACUUUGUUGGAGGACUUUGAAGAUCAUUAUAAUACACGGCAUACUGCUUCUUGUUCUGUGUGCUCUAGAGUUUAUCCGACGUCUCGUUUACUAAGUAUUCAUGUCUCCGAAGCACACGAUUCCUUCUUUCAAGCGAAAGUCGCUCGUGGCUAUGCUAUGUAUGAAUGCCUUGUGGAAGGUUGCGAUUUGAAGUUCAAAAAUUACAAGGGCCGGCAACAACAUCUAGUGGACAAGCAUAAAUUCCCAACUUCUUUCGAGUUCUUUAAGAAGGCACAUCCAUCCAAGAAACAGAGGCUGAAAAACCAACGGAAACGAGCAGUGAAUAAGAAGGAUGAAGAAGUUCCAAGCAAGAUGGAAGUAGAAAAUGAAAUGAUGGAAGGCCUUGUUUCAGCUGUCUCUAAAUUAAGCACUUCAGACUCCUCUCCUUCAACCGUUAGCUUUGGUCGCCGUAAUGCACGUGGCCUUACAUUUGUUCCUCGAUCCAUCAACCACCACUACAAAAGAAGUGACUCCACAACAGCAGGGGCAAACAGUAUGUCUUUUUCUACAUGAAGAUUCCUGCAACUGGUAAUGGAAGCACUUAAGAGUCAAAUUUUUUAGUUCAAGUAGGAAAGAAAGAUGUUAAUGCAAAGGAUGAUAAAUCUGACUUGUUGAGAAAGCACAUUAUGGAAAUUCAAGUGUUUUUGGUUUUGAUUAUAGAUGUUUCCUUUCCUUUGAUUUUGAGCCUCAAUGUAGUUUCAUUGAAUUUCAAUCUUGUUGAAUAUGAGGAAUAUUUUGCAAUGGGAGCACUUAUCCUGUUGUCCUCGGGUUGACA